AGAUUGUGACGUCACGUCGACUCGCGUACGUCGCCCUGACGAAAAGGACAAAAUAUAUUCCAAACACCGGGGAUUUCACCGCAUUUAACCCACUCAGAGGGUUGACGCCGUCGCCGAAUACACAACAUUUUCAUUUUUGAGCUUGGGGUGAAGAGAACCGGUUCAAGAUGUCGUACAUGCUCCCACAUCUCCACAAUGGCUGGCAGGUUGACCAAGCCAUCCUCUCAGAAGAGGACCGAGUCCUGGUGAUCCGUUUCGGACACGACUGGGACCCGACGUGCAUGAAGAUGGACGAGGUUCUUUACAGCAUCGCAGAAAAGGUAAAGAAUUUUGCUGUCAUUUACCUGGUGGACAUCACAGAAGUGCCCGACUUCAACAAGAUGUACGAGUUGUACGAUCCCUGCACGGUCAUGUUCUUCUUCAGGAACAAACACAUCAUGAUUGAUUUGGGCACCGGUAACAACAACAAGAUCAACUGGACGAUGGAGGACAAGCAGGAGAUGAUAGACAUUGUUGAGACAGUUUACCGCGGAGCGAGGAAGGGACGAGGUCUGGUGGUGUCGCCCAAGGAUUAUUCCACAAAAUACAGAUAUUGAUUCACUUUUUAUUUUUUUUACCCAACGUUUCUAAGAAGUUUUUGUCUCGAAGCCCCAGAUCUUUAAAACAAUAUUCACUUCAUGCAAAUAAUUCAACAUUUAUUUCUAUGAAACGAGUGCUGAAUGACACGAGAGACAAGACUGUUAUUUAAAUGUUGUAAUAAAUAUGACUUUUACAGAAAAA